CCCCAGCUCGUCACUCAGUCCCUCCCUCCCUCCCUCGCCUUCAGGAGUAACUCACCUAAAGCCUACAGGAUGCUGCGCGGAGCUGUGCUGUUGUCCGUGCUGGUGGCCGUGACCAUGGCUCAGGAGGAAUUCUUUGAGAAAUAUGCCAAACAGAAGAUCAUGACCACGUGCUUCGGCGAGGAGCUUUACUACGGUCAACUGGCCCUUUUGGAGAAUGCCAAGGAGUCGUGCAGGUACCGGCCCACCUUCAUCCCCGGUCUGCAACACGCCACAAAUACCUACAACAUUAUAUCUCCCGGCCUCGUGCCCACCCAGAUUGGCUACGGUUACCCGUCCCCCCCGGUAUUCCCCACCACCAGCCUACAUCCCACCACUGGCUACCAGCAGCCAGUGCUUGGGAAGUCCCGCAAGACGAGGCAGACGAGGCCCCACGAUACGCCCCAGCUUUUCGUGGACCGCGACAGCAUGCUGGAGCUGAUUGAAGUGGUCCACGCUGCCCUCAGUAACUAUACCUGCGUUCUGAGGACUAUUAACGUGAUCGACGACAACCUGAAUCUCCGUCUGGACACCAUUCAGAGGGACUACUAUAACUCCCCCAUUGACCCUGUGCUGCGCCAGGACCUAUUGGAAGGCAUCGGCAUUUGCUACCAACUCUCGGGUUGUCUGCCCGUAGAGAAGACAAAGAACCCUCUGCCGCCCAACCUGCAACGCCUCUUGUUCUUCGAUAAGUGUGAGAAGAAGCAGCGCAUCUCUAACUGCUUCAAGCACGACGUCAGGAGGAACCUCUUCCGCUUUGACCUCUCCGUCUUGCCCGCCGGCGGCCGCGUGGGAAAACUAGAAAAGCUGGCGGCCAUUUUGAUCGGAGCUGGCUCUCUUGACGAACUUCAGGAAUUUUAUUAAACCACGCCACAGGCGCUGCGGCUGCCGAUCAGACAUUGUGUGUUUGAUCUUUGGCUUUGUUUCUGAUCACACACACUCAUCCACCAACACCAACACACACACACACACACACACACACACACACACACACACACAAACAAACA